AUGGAGACAAUCAAAGCUGCGUACGGCGCAAUGCAAACGGAGCGACAAGCAUUACAAGUUCGUCGUUCUAUCGUAGCAAGACGAAGAGAGCUUCAAGCAGAGUUACUUGCAAGGAAGCAAAAUGAAGAACGUAGCCAACAAGCGGAGUUGCAGAUGCGAGCGCAAGAGGAUGCGCAGAGAAAGAAAAAGGCGGAUGCAUUGCGAGAAGCUCAAGAACGAGCAAAGGCGGAGAUGGAUCGCAAACGAAAGGAAGAAAAUGUUAAGAUUGUGUCCUCACUUUUAGAUCGUGGGGUCUCAAUUGACGCCGUAAGUAAUUAUUGCUGUCUUGUGUUGUACGGUAUACUCACAUUUAAUUUGCUAGGACAUUACCGAAUUGGAUACAGAGCGUCUGGUCCAGCUUCAAGUGGAGCAAAUGGAUAA